AUGCCUAGCAAACCAGGCAAAAAGACUCAAGCAGUGAGUCUUUAUAAAACAUUCGUUGAUGCUUAUAUGAAAGCUCACCCUGAUGUUAAACGUGCCGUAAGACAUCAUGAUGCUCAAGUUGAAUGGAAUUCAAUAAAAACAAAUGAAGAAUUAGUUAAAGAAAAAAUUGAACAAUAUUUAGAAAUUUAUAAUCGAUUAGGUGCACCAGAAAAUGAAGGUCUUGCACGUCCACCAUCACCUGUUGAACAACCACGAAAAGAUAAUCGUGGACGACCAAAAAAAAAUUCUAAAAAACCUGAAACAACUGAAACAUCAAAUAAAGAAAAUAGUGGUGAGAAAAAAGAUAAAGAUGAAGAAUGGAAUGGUUUAGAUGAUCUUGAUGAUGAUGAAGAGGAGGAAGAAGAAGAACCAGAAAAAAAGAAAAAAAAGAAAAAAAGUUAUUAUGUUAAAAAACGUAAACCAACUGAUGAUCAAAUUAUUGAAGAUCCAUCAAAAUCAGGUCAAACAACUGCUGGUCCAUUAGAACCUUUACCAAAAAAAGUUCGACAACCAGCACAAGAACGUGCAUAUAAAGAAUUAAGUACCAUUAAUGAACGUAUUGCUUCAUUAGUACAAGUUCGACAAAUGGGUUUGGCAACACCAGAAAAUAAAAAACAAUUAAAACAAUUAAUUGUUGAUCGAAAAAAGAAAGCUUAUGAAUUAAAACGUCUUCAAUCUAAACAACGUGCUUCAAAUAAAUAUCGAAAUAAACAAAAGAAAAUUGUUGAUAAUUUAUUAGAAUCCAAACCUGAAUUAGGUCCACAAUUACAUAAACUUUAUCGUCGUGGUGUUGGUCGACCACGUGUUGAAGAACAAUGUCCAGAUUUAUUACAAAUCAUUGAAGAAAUUGCUAAAGUUGGUGGUGCUAGUGAUGAUCGUCGACGUUCAGAAACAAUUCGUCCUUGUUUAACAUUAGAUGAUUUACGUGAAAAAAUUAAACAACGUGGUUAUGAUAUUAAACGAACAACACUUUACUAUCGUCUUUUACCUCAUCGUGCAUCAUCAAUUGAAGGUCGUCGACAUAUUCAAACAGUUCCAGUUCGUCUUCGUCGUGCACAAAACGAUGAACAUGGUAAACAUGAAGAUGGUCAUUUUGCAACAGCAACAAUACGUUAUAUGAAAGAUUUAGCUUCAAUAUUUGGAAAUGAUUGUGUUUUUUAUUUAUCACAAGAUGAUAAAUGUAAAGUUCCACUUGGUUUACCAGCAGCACGUGUUCAAGCACCAAUGUUAAUGCAUUUGGAUUAUCGUAUACGUUUACCUGAUCACGAUUGGACAGUUGCACCACGACAUCAAUUGACACCAAGUGUUUAUGCAGCAUGUCUUUUAUCUGAAGAUGGUGAUUUAGGUUAUUCAGGACCAACAUAUAUUGCUGUACGUUCAGCUAAACAUGAUCAAUCAAAUGCUGAUUCACAUGCAACAGAUUUUGAUCGUCUUGUUAAUUUAAAAGAAUUUGAAAAAGUAGCACGUGAUGAAUCUGGACAAGUUAAACCAAUUGUUAUUGUUACUGUCGAUGGUGGUCCAGAUGAAAAUCCACGUUUUCCUAAAACACUUGUUGCUAGUAUUAAAAAAUUUAAAAGAUAUAAUUUAGAUGCACUUUUUGUUCUUACACAUGCUCCUGGUCAAUCAGCUUAUAAUAUAGUCGAACGUCGUAUGGCACCAUUAUCUCAUGAUUUAGCUGGUCUUAUAUUACCACAUGAUCAUUUUGGUUCACAUUUAAAUGAUUCAGGUGUAACAAUAAAUGUUGAUUUAGAAAAAUUAAAUUUUCGUAAAGCUGGACAAAUCUUAGCUGAAACAUGGAAUCAAACAGUUAUUGAUGGUUUUCCAUGUUUUGCUGAAUAUAUUAAUCCACCAGCAACAUCUGAAGAUGAACGUCGUCAAAUUGAUGUUAAAGUUGUUAUGGAUGAACUUUUACGACAAGUUUGUGCUGAAGAAGAAGCUGAAGAAGGUCAUGAAUUUCGUAUCAGUGCAUCGGAAGAAUAUUAUCAAGAGAAUGCCCGUCCAGCACGAGAAAAAUUUGGUGAAUUACCAAAAUAUGAUAUUGAUGAAUAUUGGUGUGCAAUGCAUGUUUUACAAACACAAUAUACAUUACAAAUUGUACGUUGUAAUUCUAUGGAAUGUUGUGGACCAUGGCGUUCAAAUUAUAUUGAAGUAUUUCCACAUCGAUUUUUACCAUCACCUGUACCAUUUGAACGUACACCAUAUGGUAUACGUAUGGCAGAAAAAGAUUAUCAAAAAGGACAAUUUUAUGGUUCAUUAUUUCAACGUAUACAAUUUCAUGGUGUUGUUAUUGAAAAUACACAAAAUGAAAUGUUACCAUUUGAUUUUUGUUGUUCAUCAGUUAAAAAAGAAUUACGUAAACGUACAUGUAAAAUUUGUAAUCAAUAUAUUCCAUCAGCUUAUCGAAUGAAAAAUCAUUAUCGAAUUCAUGCACAACAUUAUGAAGAUUUUGAUCAUGAACAAGAUGAUACAUUACCACAAUCAUCAACAACAAAUGAUAUAAAUAAUUCAAAUGAUAAUCAACCAACAACAGCACCACCUGUAUUUAAAGCUGAAAUGCUAGAUUGGCUUCGUUCAGAUUUUGAUGAUUUUGAUUUGGGUCCAGCACCAACACAACUUGCAAGUGAUCGUGUUACACGUUCAAUGAAAAAAUUACGUGUUGAAGAAAAACACGAAGACGAAAACAAUCAAGAUUGGGUACAUGUAGAAUAA